UCGACGCACCCGCCCGCCUCUGCCUUCUCAACCCGGCCCGACUCUCAGUCUCGCUCUGCCAAUCCAUCUACGUCAUGUCUCGCUCAUACCACCCAACCGAGUCCCCUCUCAGGGGAGACCGCCGCAAUCUGAAGCUCAAAAAGCAACACCAGGCCGCCUUCCGGAAGCCAUAUCCCCGCUUUGUCAAUAAUCUGCUGGAUGAAUUCGACAUGUUCUUGAAGCACUCUCCCGCCAACCUCGCUUCUGUGCGGGUGCCACAUGCGGCCUCCUCGACCGUAAGCAGCGAGACCAUGGUCGAGUCUGCCAGAUGGACAGUUUGGGUCUCCCCCGCGGUUCAGGACAGGUUCCAUUGUCUCAAGAAGCUCUCGGGCGCCGCCAACCAUGCCGAUUUUGUCGACAUACUCCUGAAUGUGCAUACGAGGAACCAAGCCCAAGCCAGCAUGCACUCUCAACCAGCUGUCCGCCACCGCCCCCGACCAAAGCAGGCCAAACUCCUCCCCAAGAAUACUGGUCCUGCCAACUUCCUGCAAGUUCCCAUCGCGGGUUGGUCCGAGACUUUUCACCAGUUACCCACCCAGUCGACUGAAGCCUUCAACUCUAGGUCGGCUGUUCCCAAUGGCCAGCCCCAAGUGCCUCCGCCAGAGUCGGCCUCCGUCGAUGUAUUUUGCAUGAGCGAAUUAGCCACAGCGCUUACCCCGGAGCAAAGCAUCGCGAGCCCCCAUGCACCUGUCGUCCCAAUGGCUCACCCGACAAUCCCUGCAGAAUCCACGGUGAAUGUCUUUGCCUUCACCAAGAAGGAAAUGGUAUUGCCUCUGCAGCAGCUCGGCAAGGAUCUUUUCGAUCCAUCUGGUCAUAUCUGCGACCUGCUGCCGGAACGAACCAUGUCCGAACAAACCCUGCCAAAGCAAACCAUGUCAGUGUCUCCAAGCGGUCCGCUCACUGAUGUUUCUCAGUUUAACGAAGUAAAUCGCACCGAUGAUUACUCGAACUGGCUCAACUAUCAAGCCCAUAUUGAUCUCGCCACUCUCAUUGUGGACAAGAAGCUCCUCCAGUCCCUCAAAGAUAAUAUGCCCGAUGUCCACAUGGACGACAGCCAGCCCCUCAAGCUACAACAUGUUCCGACCGAGCCAUCGGGCUACAUCGCCUGCGACUCAGUCGCCUCAACAGGCACUGCCGACAUACUUGCCUAUGCCUUCGCCCCGUACGAUUUCCCCACACCCAAACUUCCCCCAACAACUCCGGACCUUCCACUGACGGCCUUCCUCUUCCCAAACGAUUCGUCGAGCCAUGACACUCUCCGGAGCCGUCCCGAUACCGCCCAGUGGCUUGACUACGAGAGCACAGGCAUAUCAUCGCCGGCGAUGACGUCCCCCGGAGCGCAUCCUGAAAACCCAUUUCUAUCGCUCAAUCUUCCUUUGUAUCCAGUCAGCUUGUUUGAUCUAGUUCAGACGCAGAGCAAGUCGACGCACCCUCCCCUUUCGAAUGACAAUGUCGUUCUUCCGCCGCAAUCUCCAUUUGACUUUCUUGAAUGCGCCCCCUCUUGGACAAAUAAUGGUUUUUAGCUUGACCCAAGUGCCUAGAGUUAUCGAUUACAUACCCGGCUUUUACCCGCUG